GGCGGCACUAGGAUCCAGCGGCUCUCCCAUCCCGGGAGGGCGGCACUAGGAUCCGGCCUAGGCGGCGGCAGCGGCGAUAUCAGUCUCGACAGCGAUAUCGCGCGGCGAUGUGAGCCCCGGUGCCGGGGCCAGGCAGCCCCCGCCGCCCGCGGGGCGCAGCAGGUGACGGGCUCCCCAUGACAGCCCCCAGCAGGUGCUCGCGGGACGCCGGCGAUCGCUGUGUGCUGAGGCCGGCACAGAGACAUGAGUGGCAGCACGAGCCAGCGCGCCGCCGCCCUGGGGGUCCUCUUUGCCCUGAUCAUGUUGCUGAUCAUCUACAGCUCCGGCAACGGGAGCGAGGUGUUCCCCUACAGCCGCCUGCGGGGCAGAGCCCGCCGGCCCCCCGACCUCAAGAAGUGGGGGGUGAAAAGCGGGUACCUGCCUGUCUGCGGGAACAAGACCCUGACUGCCCGCUGCCACCAAUGCGUCGUUGUCACCAGCUCCAGCCACCUCCUGGGCACCCAGCUGGGCACGGCCAUCGACGGGGCUGAGUGCACCAUCCGCAUGAACGAUGCUCCCACCACGGGCUACAACGCUGAUGUGGGCAACAAGACCAGCUUUCGUGUGGUGGCCCACUCCAGCCUCUACCGUGUCCUCAAGCGGCCCCAGGAGUUCGUCAACAAGACCCCAGAGACCAUCUUCAUCUUCUGGGGGCCGCCCACCAAGAUGCAGAAGAGCCUCCUGAAGAUCAUCCAGCGCGUCUGCGCCUCGUUCCCCAACAUGACCGCCUACGUUGUCUCCCCUGGCCGCAUGAAGCAGUUUGAUGACCUGUUCCGGGGAGAGACAGGCAAGGACAGGGAGAAGUCUCGCUCGUGGCUCAGCACGGGCUGGUUCACCAUGGUGAUCGCGGUGGAGCUGUGCGACGCCAUCCACGUCUAUGGCAUGGUGCCUCCCAGCUACUGCGGCCGCCACCCCCCGCCCCGGCGCCUGCCCUACCACUACUACGAGCCCAAGGGCCCCGACGAGUGCACGACCUACAUCCACAACGAGCGGAGCCGCCGGGGCAACCACCACCGCUUCAUCACUGAGAAGAGGGUCUUUGCCAGCUGGGCCAGCCUCUACAACAUCACCUUCUCCCACCCCACCUGGACCUAGGGGCCGCCCCACGCCUGCCGGGCACACCCCUGGAGCUGGCGUGGAUGGGGGCUCCCCUGCAGCCCCCUGGGAGUGGUGGGAGCCAGGCAUCAGAGUGCCACCACACAUCCUGCCCCCCCACAGGACCACUGCUGUUGUGCAUGGUGGCUUCUUGCACCUGGGAUGUGUUGGGUUUUGAGCUGGUUUUUGGGGGCCAGGUGGUGAAUGUAAUAUUUGGGGUGUCCCCCCACCAUGUGCAGCAUGGGCAUGAUAUCCUGCCCCAUCCUGGUCCGUGCACAUUGCAGCCCCUGUGAGCCUCUAAGGGAGUUCCAGGUCCCCUUGCCUCAAUUUUGGUUUGCAUCACAUCUGGGGUCAUUACAGAGACUGUUUCCCCCAACCCUCUGGGUUGGGAGAUCCCCUCUUGGAGCUCAGCCCCCCUCUGCCAUCCCCAGCCCCCUCAUCCCAGUCCUCAGUCAUCCUUCCCGCAGUGGAACCCCACAGUUCUUGGUGGGACCCCACGGGUGUGACAUUGCCAUCCUCUCUGUACCAGCACCCCAAAAACACCAGCCCCUCCCAGCACUGCUGCACCCCACUGUACCAAAACCUUUUCUAACUGAAAGAUGGGAUUUUUGGGAGCUUUUGGAUUUUUUUCUCCCCGCUUCUAGUGCUGGGGUUCGUGCUUGGGUUUCCUGGACGAAGGAGUGAGCAGGGGCCGCUCAUUACUGGUAACAAAGGGCCAGCAGCUGCUUAUAAAAUAUUUAGAAGUGGGCAGGUGGGGGGUGGGCAGUGGUGCCUCUUGGCAUGCUGUGGCUGGGACAGGACUUUGUUAUUAAUGUCUCAGCAGCAGAGAAGUAGAUCUGGGGAAAGCACCUAAAUGUGGCAUGUUUGGGUGCUGAGCCUUGGCAGGAAUCCAUUCCUCAGUUUCCCUCUGGCUGUGGCUGGGGUUUUGAGGGGCUCAGUAUUGGGGGAAGCAGUGGGGUGCCCAUGUUUUGUAAUUGUUUGUACAGGAAUAAAUAUUGCUGCAGUCUGUUUCCUUGAGCCCUGCCUCUGGACAGGUUUUUGGGGAUGAUGGCAGUGACCCCCAGCCCACAGCAGUGCUGUCCCUGGGCACCUGUCGGGAGGGUGUGGCAAGGUGACCAGCAUGGCCAGGUGGGAUCCAUGUCCAGUUCCUGGGUGACUCCAGCUCUGAGCCACCUCCUCAGUGGCAGGUGACAGCUGAGACCCCCCCAGCUUGUGUCACCCCCAGCCAGGUGCCCUGGGGUCACCAGGGUCUCUGCAGCCUCAGAGGAGGAGGAAGGGCAGGUAAAUGCAAAAUACUUGGAGAUCACAGUUGCCUGUCUCAAAGUCGGGUGCCACAGAAGGACUUGGCAUGAGAUAGGCACAGAAGGGAGCAGCACAAUGGCACUGCUCUGGUCUGGCACAGCUGGAUAACGCAUCCAGACAAGCUGUGGAGGGCAAGUGCUCAUACACAUAUCACUGCUCAAACAGUUCACCCCGACUUAUGGGAUAGACAGCAUCCACAACCACCCAUUCCCCUCUUCCUCCUGCCAAAUAUGCCUGAGAGUUUUAUGUAAAUUAAACCAUCGUAAGAGGAAUUUGGGAUAAGAUAAAGGUGGUGCUAUUGUCCAAGUAUUAUCUCAGAUUAGGGCUGGUAAACAAAACUGAGAGAAGAAUGUACCACUGAUAAUGGACACAGAAUCCACAAGGAAAGCCAACCUGGUAACUGGUGAUAGAAUCAGCUCCAGCUGGGUAAAAGGUAAUUCUGGCAGGGGAGAUUGCAACCAUGGACUCCACUCGAAGAGAAAG